AUGGAAGAACACAAUCAUUAUGUUAUAUUGCUGUCUGAAUUCAAUGCUUUGGAUGAAGGUGACGCUAAAAUUGCGAAGAAGCUAGCCAUUAUUGGACUUUGGUGCAUUCAGUGGCAGCCAGUGAACCGUCCAUCCAUAAAAUCUGUCAUACAAAUGCUAGAAACUAAAGAGGAAAACCAAUUAACUGUGCCUCCUAACCCAUUUCACUCAACAACUUCCACUACUGUCAGGGGACUUAUUUCAGGAAGAAGACCUUUGGAGUUGGAAGCAAUUCAAGAGUGA